ACAUGUUGCCCAUGUGGAUAGCUUGGACUGCUUCUAUCCAACUUGCCACAUACACGUGUGUAUCACCAAGGAGGCUGACUGAUGCUUGAGCUGCUGAAGCGUGGUGCUAAGCCUACUGUUGACAUGAUCCAUCAGAGCAGCGUGGUCCGCAUGUGCGCCUUAGGCCUUGUAAACCUGAAGGGAUGUCAAUCUGUUGCUGCUGCUGCUGCAAUGAUGGGUAUGGCAAAGGAGGCCAAAAUCGUGUGUGAUUGGAUGAAGAGAGAGAACAAGCAUCUCACCUUCAACAUGUCUGAGCCUCCCCCUCCCGAGCUUGAAGUGGCCCGCCGCUUCAUCCGAGGCAGAACCUUGGAUGUUAUGAUCAGCAUACUGCAAGAAUCUUCCUUUCCUUCUUCCAAGAUGCUUGAUGAUGCAAUGGCAGAUGACUAGAGAGUCAGUCUAGAUGAAACAAGGAAGCAUUGGGGCCCCUGGAUUUGAAGUUCCAUUUACCUGGGACAUUAGGCCCACUGUAUGGUCGGUCGUGUAGUUUAUUAAUUUAAAUUAGUACCGUUUACUUGGGAGUUAUGUACACUUGCGUGCUAGUAAUGCUGUGUUAACUUGGCAAUCAAAUCGUACGACCAAUAUGAGCUUUGGG